UACCCUUGAUACACCACUUAGCUUCACUAUGUCGACGCCUGCCUCAAGGUCAGCCAGUCCACCUAGGUCCGCUCCGGUUCAGAAACGGAAGCGUCAGCCCAGGCCACCACCCACUCACCCACCGUAUGUGGAGAUGAUCCGCUCAGCCAUUGCCGCUUUGAAGGAGCGUGGCGGUUCUUCACGUCAGAAGAUCUUACAGUACAUCUUGGCCAACUUUGAUGUGGGGAACGAAACAUCCCAAGUCAACGCCCGUUUACGCAACGCUCUGAGGUCCGGUGUGGAGAAGGGAGUCUUGCUGCGCAGUGCCAACGCCAAAGGAGCAAAUGGGUCGUUCCGCAUCGGCAAAGCCCUAGCAAAGAAAGGAAAGAAGUCACCGAAAAGGAAAGGAAAGUCUCCCAGAAAGGUAAAGAGAUCCACCACCAAGAAAAGGAAGUCCCCAAAGAAGAAGGCUGCCAGGAAAUCUCCGAAGAAGAGGAGGUCACCCAAAAAGAAGACAGCCAGAAAACCAGCUCGUAAACCCAAGAGGAAGUCUCCUAAGAAGAAGGCAGCUAAAUCAGCACGUCGUCCUAAACCCAAGGCGAAGUCCAGAGCUAGAGCCCACCGAUAAAUAAUAAGCCUUCUUCUGACUUAUUUCCAAAGGCC